UUUACUUACUAAUUUAAACAAUGGAUUAAGAAAUAAGACCAAAAUGUAAAAGCAUUAUAAAGAGAUAAUCAACUCUUGAUAAUCAAAAUCAAGUUGAAUAAGAAUAAAAUUAACAAUAACAUAAGGAUUUACAUGUUAAAUUUGGGGAAAUGCAUGUGGAUAUGAUUCUAAAAGAUGAUUAAUAUUAGAAUGAAGUAGAUAAUUAAGAUAGAAGUAAAAUAGAGUAAAAUAUAAAAGUAUAAAAGCCAAAGGAAUUUGAGAAUUUAAGUGAAGCUGAACUUAUUAAAUUAGCAUUAAAGUAUUUAAUAUAAAAACUAAAAUAUACAUAGAAAUCCUGAGAUAUUGAAAGAUGAUGAAUAAUGACAAAUGAAUAAAUAAAUAUAAAGUGAUUUGUUUUGCGUGAUGCUUAGAUUUCACCCAAAAACAAAAG